AUGCGGAGCCUAGCAGCGCUGGUCAAGGACCAGGCGCCUGCCUUUGUGCGGGCGUACGCGGGUGCCGUGGCGCCGGUGGCCAGCUCUCCCUUCCUGCGGUUCUCGAACCCGUACCCCACGCCCGUGGACACCACGCCGCUGCUUUCGACCAUCCCCGAGACAAACAUCACGACGCUGGACAAUGGCUUGCGCGUGGCGACGGAGGCCAACCCGCACGCGGAGACGGCGACCGUCGGGAUCUGGAUCAACUCUGGCAGCCGGUUUGAGACGGACGCGAACAACGGCACGGCGCACUUCCUGGAGCACAUCCUGUUCAAGGGCACCAAGGUGAUGGGUGCUGGGGGCAGCCGCACCGUGAAGGACCUGGAGGUUGAGAUUGAGAACAUGGGCGGCAGCCUCAACGCCUACACGGGGCGCGAGCAGACCUGCUACUAUGCCAAGGCGCGCCCCCCCUUCCCCCCCCCCCUAUUGCCGCUUUUGUGA